UGGGACGGGGCGGGCGGCAGAGCGGAGCGGAGCGGCGCGGACCGGACCGGACGGCGGCGGAGGUUGUUCGGAGCCAGCAGAGGCGCGGCCGCCCCGGGAGGGCCCGCAGGGAUUUUGGCGCAGCAGAGGAGAGCCCAGAGAGGUGGCCAGAUCACAAAUCCUGUGUAGGUGGUCCAAAAAUGUAUCCCUGGUGCCUGGGGUGGGGCAAGAAGAGCACAAAAACCUCAAAAUGCCUGUGACUGAGGAGUCCACUGGUUUGCAGUAUUUUUCAACAGAGGAAGAUUGAAUUACAGACUUAAGGCUCUGGAUCCACCUUGCACUGUCGGUGUUUUGUUGCUGCUUAUGGUUUAGCUGGUGAUCAUUCCUGAGAAGAGAGAAGAUGAUGAGUGAUGCAAGUGACAUGCUCGCUGCAGCUCUGGAGCAGAUGGAUGGCAUUAUAGCAGGUUCAAAGGCGCUGGAGUACUCCAAUGGCAUCUUUGACUGCCAGUCCCCUACCUCCCCCUUCAUGGGGGGGCUGCGGGCGCUGCAUCUCGUGGAGGACUUGCGGGGCUUGCUGGAGAUGAUGGAAGCGGACGAGAGAGAGGGACUGCGUUGCCAGGUCCCAGACUCGACGGCUGAGGCUCUAAUUGAAUGGCUCCAAAGUCAAAUGACUAAUGGACAUAUAUCUGGGAAUGGAGAUGUGUAUCAAGAAAGGCUGGCUCGUCUGGAAAAUGAUAAGGAGUCUCUUGUUCUGCAAGUGAGUGUGCUUACAGACCAGGUGGAAGCCCAAGGAGAAAAGAUUCGAGAUCUGGAAUUCUGUCUAGAGGAGCACAGGGAGAAGCUGAAUGCCACGGAGGAGAUGCUGCAGCAGGAGCUUUUAAGCAGAACAUCCCUUGAAACUCAGAAGCUGGAUCUUAUGGCAGAGAUUUCCACUCUGAAGUUAAAGCUUACAUCUGUAGAGAAGGAUAGAUUAGACUAUGAAGAUAGAUUCAGAGACACAGAGGAUUUGAUCCAGGAAAUAAAUGAAUUACGGUUAAGAGUAGGAGAAAUGGACAAUGAAAGACUCCAGUAUGAGAAAAAACUGAAGACGACCAAAGAUGAGCUAGCAGCUUUGAAAGACAAACUAGAGCAGAAGGAAGCUGAGGUGAAAAGGUUGCAAGAAAAAUUGGUUUGCAAGCUGAAAGGAGAAGGAGUUGAAAUACUGGACAGAGAUGAAAAUUGUAAAAAGAAGCUCAAAGAUAAAAAUAUAGAGGUACAGAAAAUGAAGAAGGCGGUAGAAUCUCUAAUGGCAGCAAAUGAAGAGAAGGAUCGGAAGAUAGAAGAACUUCGGCAAUCUCUGAAUAGGUACAAGAAAGUUCAAGACAUGGUGAUACUGGCUCAAGGUAAAAAAGGCAAGGAAAGUGACAGUGAAGACUUCUUGAAUUCAGGGUCUGUUUCCACGGUUUUAUUGGACACACCAAGUCUGACUGACCCAGAGAAAAGCUCAUCCCCAACCCCGGUAACAGCAUCUCCAAUCCAUGAUGACUUCAAUGUGAAUAUUCAUGAAGAGAACUCCUUACAGAUCCACACCAGUAUUUUACAGAUUUCAAUCCCUUCUUUUUCAUCAAUAUCCAAGAGCUCAGAAACUGUUGCAGAGAAAGUGAAAAUGCAGCCUAGACCAGAUCCUACAAGUGAAAUGAGUGAAGGAAGAUCAACAGGUUCCCCACCAGAAACUCAGCUAUGCAAUAGUCCAGCAAAUCAUUCGCUGCAGAAGUCCAGCAGUCUGAGCAGUUUGAGGAAAGAGACCUCUGAAGCGCAGGACAGAGACUCUGCACAGAAGCCAACAGAGCAGGUUAAACCUCCUGUAGAAAGUAAUACUUUCGCAACCCUCUCUCCAAAGUCUGCUUCUCAUAGUGGCACAGGUGAUGAGGACAGUUUUGGAACCCGUAAAGCCAGGUCUUCAUUUGGACGAGGCUUUUUCAAGAUAAAAAGUAACAAGAGGACUGCGAGUGCCCCCAACCUGGAUCGCAGUCGAAGUGCAAGUGCACCUACUUUAGCUGAAACCGAGAAGGGAUCUGCAGAUCACUUGGAUCUGGCUGGCUUGGCCCCUCGCUCAAAAGAAAUGGACAGUCUGCAGGUGACACCACCUUCUCCAGAUUCCAAGAAAAAGGCCAGGGGGAUCAAGAAGUUAUUUGGAAAGCUUAAAAGAAGUCAGUCUACCACCUUCAACCCAGAUGACAUGUCUGAGACAGAGUUCAAAAGAGGAGGAACGAGGGCAACCGCGGGGCCACGGCUGGGCUGGUCUCGAGACCUGGGGCAGUCUCGCAAUGAGCUGGACAUGCCAUUCGCAAAGUGGACGAAGGAACAGGUUUGCAACUGGCUCCAGGACCAAGGGCUAGGCUCUUACAUAAGUAACGGCAAACACUGGAUACUCUCUGGUCAAACACUUCUACAGGCUUCUCAACAGGAUCUGGAAAAGGAGCUUGGGAUAAAGCACCCAUUGCACCGGAAGAAACUUCAGCUUGCUCUGCAGGCACUUGGAUCUGAAGAGGAAAACAAUCACGGAAAACUGGAUUACCACUGGGUUACCAGGUGGCUGGAUGACAUUGGUCUCCCCCAGUAUAAGACCCAGUUUGAUGAAGGAAAGGUGGAUGGCCGAAUGCUCCAUUACAUGAGUGUGGAUGACUUGUUGUCCUUGAAAGUUGUCAGUGUCCUCCACCACCUCAGCAUCAAGAGAGCCAUUCAGGUUUUGAGAAUAAAUAACUUUGAGCCCAACUGUCUGCGCAGGAGGCCAUCUGAUGAGAACAACGUGACAGCUUCAGAGGUGACGCAGUGGACCAACCACCGCGUGAUGGAGUGGUUGCGCUCCAUCGACCUGGCCGAGUAUGCACCCAACCUGCGGGGCAGCGGAGUGCAUGGAGGGCUAAUGGUUUUGGAGCCUCGUUUCAAUGUGGAAACCAUGGCACAGUUGCUGAACAUCCCACCAAACAAGACACUAUUGAGACGACACUUGGCCACUCACUUCAACCUUCUCAUUGGGCCAGAGGCCCAGCAGCAGAAACGUGAAGCCAUGGAGUCCCCAGACUACGUCCUCUUAACAGCAACUGCCAAAGUAAAGCCAAAGAAGCUUGCUUUCAGCAAUUUUGGGAGUUUGAGGAAGAAGAAGCAAGAUGACAUGGAAGAGUACGUGUGCCCUAUGGAGCUGGGACGGAUGUCUGGAAGUGGGUCUAAGAAGGGAUUUAAGCCUGGCCUGGAUACUCGAGUCUAUGAUGAUGAUGAUUUGGACAGGUUGGAGCAGAUGGAAGAUUCAGAAGGGACAGUGAGGCAAAUCGGAGCGUUUUCUGAAGGCAUCAACAACUUGACGCACAUGUUGAAAGAAGAUGAGAUGUUUAAAGACUUUGCAACUUGCUCUCCUAGCACCAGUAUAACAGAUGAGGACUCCAACAUGUGACAGUAACCACCAGGCACUGACAAAGGCCUACAUGCAAGAAACGUCAUCAUUAUACAUGAUGGGUGGCAGAUCAUGUACAUUUCAUUGCUCUUGCUUCUGUUCAUUGGAAGUAACAUUUGGAGGUGGUGGAGAACAAAAAAAAAUACAAAAGGAAAAGGUGCCUACUCUAAAGUUGCCAUACGAAACACCUAGACACUGGUGAAUGGUCAUUGUUUUUACUAUAUUUAAUGUACAAAAUGGUGAUAUAUUUGAGUGUCUCAUUUAAAUUUCCCUGGUAUGAUAGUGCUGCUUUUGCUUAUUCACGGCCUCAGAUAGUCCUUUCAAGUGUUUCAAAAUCACAGAUGAUGUUAGGUAGAAGUUAUUGUGUCUGUGGGUAUUCGGUUUUCUCUGGGCUCUCAGCUGAAAAAAAAAAAGAUGUUACUGCUGCUCUUUUUCAAGCAUGUUUGUUCGGCACAAAUACCAGUUCUGCCCUUCCUAUGGUAUCCAAUGUAGGAUUUUAGUCAUCUAUGCCUUGUAUAAUGUCCCUGGUAGCUCUUGACUGUUGCUCUUAUUUUUAUACUGUUUUCUAAAAAAGAAGAAAAAAAAAAAAGGUGUAUGAAGUACAUAUAAAAGCAAGAAUCUAGAUGUUGCAGGACAGAGUGUUGAGAAGUUCAAAGCGUGGGGGAAAGGGAGAGGGUCGUAAAAAAAAUAUGCCAGUUUGCAUACCAGCUGGUUACUGGAAAAGGCAGGCUGACCUUUGGAACUGUUUGCUUUUGUUGCUUUUUACGAAGUGCACAGUUUAAUGAUCUUCCAUUUAGGAUGAAACAAUUACAAAGCACGUUUCUGUGUUUCUUCUGGCAGUGACGUGUAUGGAAAUGGCAUUUUAAAAUGCCUUCUUUCUUGUUCCCAGCAGCAGUAGUCACAGCAUUCAAACAAGGCUAUGAACACUACUGCGACUUAAGAAACAUCUUUGAAGUUGAGGUAUUCCCUGUGUAUGGAAGGGAUGUUUCUGUGCUGUGACUAACGUAAAGAUGGUGUAGUUGCAAAAAAAACCCCCAAAGUUAUAUAGAGAAAUGUAUAGGAAAUAUAUUAUUUCAUAAUAUUAAAGCUAAGGUGGGACUUUUCCUCCAGAAUUCAAAUAUCAAAAAUUUUGCAUAUCCUUUUACCUCCUUAAAGCACAGGUCCUUUGCUUUUGAAGAUGAUCAGAUUUUAAAGAUCCUACCCAGCCAGUGGGAAUCUAUUGUCCAACUCCUGGUACCACGAGGUGUCCUGGCCGAAAGCAAGCAAAAAGUAACUCUGUUUAUUGCAGUGGUAAUUCGUAUGGUGUUAAAUGUUGCAUGUAUUUUAGCAUAGUGGCAUGAAGCUUAUUUGCUUUGUAAAGGCAAAAAACGAGUACAGCUGGAGUUGUUCCUUGUGUGGUGGUGUGUUGCUUUAUCAAGUGCCUGUCACUCAGGUUGGGGCUCUCCUUGUUGCAUGCCAGCCCUUCACUGAUGUCUCGCUGGUGUGAUGCAGAGGAGGGCAGAUUUGCCCUGACUUUGAGGCUCUCUCUCUGCAACAUGACGAACCAAAUUAGGAAAGGGAGAAAGGUUCCCUCUGGGGCUUCCAGGGAGCUCCCAUCAGAGGCUGGGCUAAACUGGAGACAUACUGGAGUGUGAUGGGAUUGUCACCUGGCAAGCAACAACCAGUGUGGUUCUUUGAAGGAUGUGCAGUGGAGGCUGUUAACGUAUAUACAGAGAUGAAAAAUGUGAUGCAGACCGGUUAUGUUGUGUAUAAUAUCAAGAGCUGCCAUUUUAGUAACUGGAGCCAGGCAAACAAUCCAGAACAUAUACAGGAAGUAUUGUGCUGCUUACUGUUUGUCCACAAACAGAUCACAAAUGAGUCUUUAUUCAAUAUUGCUGCGCACAAAUAAUCUGCUGUCAGUUAUUUUUUCCUCUGCAACCUUGGGAGUGUUUGAGCUGUUUCUUUUGGGCAGAAAUACCGCAUCGUGUAAUGCCUACUGUCAACUUUAAGGUGCAGAUGCUUGGGAUUUGAGUUGAAGGGUCACUUUCUGUGAAUACUCUGCAGUAUUUUUAUCGUUGCCAUAUAAGUUGAACUUAAGACCCUGCUCUCCCAAAUGAUGCAGAAGCCUUGCAGAAGCAGGCUUCUGAGCAAACGUGUGCCCCUAGAUUGGCUCUCCCUAGGUGCUGACUGGUCAACAUGACUGGACAUUCACAGGGCUAAAAAACAAGGGAACUCAGGACACAAUAUUAGGUGCUGACAUAGGCACAACCAGCUGCUCUGACUUCAGUCUGGUGGUACCAGCAAGUUCAUCAACAGCAGCAAGUGAUGGUUUGUGUAAGUCCAGUGUAAGCAGCAUUUCUGCUCCAAACAUCCCUUUGCUGCACUCACCAUUUGGAAACCAGGUCGUCCCCUCCAAGCUGCCUCACAUCUGAACCUUGGGUAUUUUAUGGGGAUGGAAUGUGAAAGUGAGUGAUAAAGUCAGGAAGGUCAUGUGCACACACCAUUUGGUCGCCUUGGGAUGUUGUUAUUUGUGCAUGUUUGAAGACAGCAACAUAACCACUGUGUAUUGCCAUGUAAAAUCCAAUAAAGUCUGUGGAAAAUGCCAA